UGCAGAGCCGAGCAAGCGACGAACUCAUGGCAUUGGAUCCAAGACGUCAAGUGACGCUUCGCUGUGAAGUGCCAGUCCGCUGCUUCAACACUGAAAAGCUCCAUCUCAUGGAUUUCGACGAGGUUGUAGAGAAUCCCAACGCCAUCCCGGGGAUCUUCAACUACAAGUUCAUCGGUGCCGGUUUGGGGAACAAGAAAUACCACAUCAAGUUCAGGGACAGCAUCACGGACUACCAGCUGCUCACGCAAGAGAACUUCGCCGAGAUGUGUAAUUUGCUUCGUGACCGCACCGAUAUUCGGUUUACUGCGUACCCACGCGGCUUCAAGGGCGGCAAGUACGUCAAAGAGGCCCAAGUCGACAUUUUACGUGAGCCAGCGACGCGCCAAGAUAACUUCAACGCCGCGAGAACGGUGCUCGAGGACGUCAACAUUGCUGGUUUGGUCCAAGCGAUGGCUCACUUCGCCGUGAACGACCAAGCAGACGACUUCGUGUACGGCAUUCGGGCGAUUAUCGACACCAUCGCCGAGAACGCCAACAACUUGGCUGCCCAGCUGGAUGCUGACAACGCCGCGCAAACGGGACGCUAGUACGUGUUUCGAAUCAACGACGAGUUUGUACUGCAGUCGUAUUAUAUUCCAGCCGGGUUGUAAUCGACACCAUAACAUGAGACGUUGCUGCACA